CGCGUGCGCUUCGACGCGGAAAGCCGGUUAGUCGGUCUCAAUCCGCCGUGGCGUUCGGUUUGUAAAGCGCGGCCGCGUUCUACCGCCGCUUCUGCGACUCCGAGUUCCUCGCGCGUUCCUCCACCGAACCGGUAGGCUGUGAACGAUCGGCCGGGACGACCGGAAACCGGUCAAAGAGGAUCCGAGAAGGCCGCGCGCGCGCGGAUCCGUCGCCGCUCUGACUGACGAGCGAGUCCUUUGUUUUCUUUGGUGUUGCACCUUCGAUUGUUGUACGUUUAGUGCCUUUCCUUUUUGGUUUCCUCUCUAUGGUGUUUGCACGUGGCCACAGCGAAUUCGGUAUACACCGGACCUGCGCGCAGACGAUGCCAAUGUGACGGGCCGAUUGAGAAGAGCUGCUGCGAUGCCGUCGUAGUCGUCGCUAUGAGCGAGAGCCGGUGCUACACGGAUUCGCCCGUGCUCGCCGAACAUCAGCCCUUCAACCGUAAUGGGAAGGCGCUCAGGGGAUCUAAGAAGAGCGUGCUGUUCUAUACGACCGACUGCGGGGGGGACGAAAAAGAGGACCUCGGUCUCAAGCUUCAGCAGCGAUCCGUCUCGUUGACCGCGUUGCACACUGGAGUUGGCGCCCAGCAGCAGCUGUUGGAACCCAGAAUGGCGCAGCUGGAGACUUUAGAGGCUAAGAUGGCCAGUAUCGAGGUGUCGUUGUCGACGACACCGAGGCGGAAGAAGGGCGGCAGUAUUUCCGGGGGCGUCCCGUCCCCCGCCGGUCAUCGGAACAGGGAUCAUUAUAAGGAAUUGGACGCCCUCCGAGUAGCAUUGCGCGACAAAGAAAAUAUCAUACAGACGCUGAAGGGCCAGCUCUGCAACACGCUGAGCAGCAGACUGGCAUUACGCAACGGCGCGCCACCCUUGACCGAGGCCGACAGGAAGGCGGCCGAGGAGCGGCUUCAAAGGCUGCGACGGGACGCCGACAAUAAGCGUCUAGCCAUUAAGAACCUGAAGCUCGCGCUCGAACGUCUCGAUAUCACGGACAACAUCGAUGUUCGGAUACAGCAAGCAGAAUUGGAGUACAGACUCGGCCGCGAGGAACUUGAAUUGCUGACUCUUCAUGAGGAGAGCAGAGCUCUGCAAACCGCCUUGGAGUUGGCUGAGACUCAAGAAAAACAAAAGAAUGAUACAAUAUUCAGCUGCAUUUCCGGCUCGACGCAAGUCACGAUCCACGCGGUGGAAGUCAGCGCGGAUCCGAAAAGUCCCCGUUUCGGGGCCGGGCCCAGGGACGACGCGAUCGGACUCUACGUCGACUGGGCCGUGGAGGAUUCCGGUCUCUGCAAAGGAGACAGAAUCUUGGAGGUGAACGGAAAACUGGUGGUAGGAGCCAGCAGGAGCGACCUCGCGCGUCUUCUAGCCGUCACGCCCGACGCCGCGCAAAUAGUGGUCCUUCGAAAGGGCGAAUCCCUCGCGGCAUUGCGCACUUUACGCUCCGAUAAUCUCAGACUGACACACAGGAUCGGCUAUCUCGAGGAGCAGGUCAGAGAUCUCCUGGCGCCGAGCAGGACCGAGGUCACAACCGAGGAGCCACCACCGAGUCGUCAGGAACAUGUGCAGGUUUUCCAAAAGGGUCCUCAAGUGACGGCACUCGUGGCGAAUUUACCUGGCCUCAACGUGAGAAGUUCCACGGAACUGCGGCAGAGCCUGCCAACCGUUCGUAGUAGACACAGCAGCGAUCACUCCAGGCGCUUGACGGACUCAGCGAGGAGCCAGCGCGAGCUCGACUUCUCGUCCGACGGAGCCGCGAACGGUCAUCACAAGCCCCGAAACCGACAGAAGCACCAGGGACUCCAGCUGGCGAGGUCGACGGCGAGUCUCGACUGCAAACAGUCGCCUGUGUUGCAGUCGCAGAUGCAACAGCGUCGGAGAUCGCCACGCGUUGAGUCCGCCAUGGAGCACUUGCACAAGAGCCGCAAGAGCGGCUCGCAGCAGCUGCAGUCUCUGGAGUUCGACUCAGAGCCGACGUACUAUCGUUUACAGGAUACCCAGUCUCGCGCCUCGGAGACUUCUGAAGUGUCGAUGGUGUACAGCUGCCAAGAGGCAAAGAUCCGUCCGGCGCCGCCGAAGAAACCGCUGCGGCUCUCACUACAUCGAGCAGCGAGUCUUCAGUCCGUGGAGAGCGCGCCGCCAGCCGCGCCGCAGCACGACGUGACGCGAAAACCGACGAAGAGGAACCACCGCGGCGAUCCACCCAUGGAGAAGAUCCCGUCGCGGCCCCCCGAGGUAAAUGGAAACGCGAACCCUCAGGAAUCUCAGUCCGGUCCGCCGCAGCCACCCCCAAGGACGCCCUCCAGGGCAGAAUCGUGUCAGAGCGCCCUACGAUGGCCCUCUCCGAAACCGAGAGCGCACUUAACAUCUGUGCCGAUGGAGAAGUGGUGCUGAUUUGGAAAUUCACGGACGUUCCUCGGACGAGAGAGAAACAAAAAGAAUGAGAGGAUAUGUAUAUAUAAGUGGUGAAGCCGGUUUCCAAGAUAAAUGAGAAUUUUAAAAGAGCAUGCAGCAUCGAUGUUACGGUAAAUUGCGAAAAAAAAACGGAAUGUCAAUAUUAUUAAUGAUAAGGAUGAAAGCGAUGAAUACGGAGGUCCGUCCGAUAGAUUCUUGAAACGUAUAAUAUAUAGCUUGGAAUUGGUUAUAUUACAAACUGAUGAUACGGCACGUUGGACUUCCAUCUAUGCGCUUGUUUUAUCAAAUUCAGCUAUUCCACUUUGAACAUGUCUAAUCAAGAUUAGUUCUAAGCGUACGGUAUCAAAUACAUUUACAGUAUAAUAAUUAUGAUAUGUCACAUCAUGUCGUGUUGCAAGAAUAGCAUCUCAUAAAAAAUUAAUAACUAUAACGAAGUUUAUCUUAGCUAUCUCUUUCUAAAAGAUUUCACACUUAUUUACGUAAAACGAGAUAUUUCUCAAGAGAAUACAAAAAUAUCUAUAAGACUGAUAAAUCGCAUAUAUUAUAAUGAGUAGAACUCGACUUUAGAUAAAGACAGAAGCCUUAUUCAAGAUCAAAAACGUACCUGGAAUCUCUAACAUACGUUUUGUACUUGAAAUACGUACUCAUUUUUCUUUUUAAAAAUUUUAUUGAUAAAAACAGGUUUUUUUUCAAGAGAUUACAUACUUUGAUUUUUAAUUUUUAAUAAAUAGAAGUUCUCGAAAUCGAUAUUUACUCAUUAGAUAUAAAUAAUCGACUUACUGAGCUUAAAGGUCUAGUGCAUUUGGACAUAUUUUUGGACAAAUAUUAUCUAUAUAUAAAUGCAUUUUUCUAUGACUAUUAUAUAAUUAUUUGUCAUAUGAUAAAUAAAGUAUUAGCAUAUCUUUAAUAGCGAGAUAAUUUAGUGAACAUGCGUCUGCACUUCCGGAGAAGAUGUAGGUAAUAUUUACUAAUAUAAUUCUAUGUAUAAAGAUAAUACAUAAAUAUACAUAUGCAAUUUCAUAAAACUAACGUUAUCUGCUGGAUAAGUAUGUUUCUAUCAGUUAAGUGUAUAAAUGUACAAAGUUUUAUCAUUUAGCCUUGAUGUAGAGUAAUCAAAAGAAUUUCGUGUAAAAUACAUUUCGUGCAUUUAAAAACAUUUAUUGAAAGUUAUAUUACAUUAUAUUGAUAAAAUUAUUUUAAGUAGAAGUAAAAUUUCGUACAAAGUACGGUAAACGUACAUUAGAAAUAUAUACUUAUAAUCUUUAUUAUAAGGAUUAUUACGAACCAAGAAUAUAUUAUGGUAUUCAUAAGUUUCUUCAUAAUUUUGUAAGUCAUAAAUUGACGUACGAAUAUAAAUUUUUGUUUCUUAAAAUUGCUAGUCUUGUCACUAUUUUUAAUAAUAUACUCAAUGAGUUGCGCAUUAAAAUAUAUCACACAUGCAGCGUUAUUUAAAGCUAUACCGUGCUGCAGUUCACAAAACGAUGAUUUCUAGGAAAAAGAUUUUGACGAUAUAUUUUCAAUCCGACAAAAUAACGGCUCUUUUGUAAAUGAUACAGAAAUAUAUAUGUAAU